AUGCGUCUCGCAACUUAUCUUUCGAUGGCCGCUUUGGCUCAGCUUGGCCUGGCUGGUUACACAGUCAAGGAUGAUUAUUCUAGUGCAAGCCACUUUUUUGAUAAAUUCGAUUUCUUUACUGAGGCCGACCCAACCAACGGUUAUGUCAAAUACGUUGACCGGAAGACAGCAAAUAACCUUGGAAUCGUCUCUGGAAACGCAAAGGGUACUAAGAUCGGCGUUGACUCGAAGAAUAAGGCCUCUGGAAGCGGUCGCCAGAGUGUUCGUCUGACUAGCAAGGCUAGCUAUAACCACGGGUUGGUUAUUCUGGACUUGAACCAUAUGCCUGGUGGUGCUUGUGGUAGUUGGCCUGCUUUCUGGAUGCUCGGCAGCGGCACCUGGCCCAACAACGGCGAAAUCGACAUCAUCGAAGGCGUCAACGACCAAACCAAGAACCAAAUGGCCCUGCACACCACCAGCGGCUGCUCCAUCGACAAGUCCGGUUUCAAGGGCAAGCUCGGCACAAGUAACUGCGACGUCAAGGCCUCCGGGCAGUCCGACAACGAGGGCUGCACCAUCACCGCCGGCUCGACCAAGUCGUACGGAUCAGGCUUCAACAGUGGGAACGGUGGUGUCUAUGCGACAGAGUGGACCAGUGAUGCGAUUAAUAUCUGGUUCUUCCCGCAUAGCAAUAUCCCCUCUGAUAUUGCGAAUAAGAAGCCCACGCCGAGUUCUUGGGGUCAGCCUACGGCUAAGUAUGCUGGUGACUGCAAGAUUGAUUCGCAUUUUAAGAAUAUGAAUAUCGUCUUCGACGUAACCUUCUGCGGCGACUGGGCCGGCAACACCUGGAGCUCCAGCUCCUGCGCCUCCAAGGCAAACACAUGCCAGGAUUACGUCGCCAACAACCCCUCCGCCUUCAAGGAUACAUACUGGGGCAUCAACUCGCUUCUCGUCUACGAGGAUAGCUCCAACUCCAAGAGAGAAGAGUACGACUACACUGGGCUGAACGUUACCAGCCCCCUGCCGAGGACGGGCGAGGCUGCGAGACGGCAUGCUAUUCGUCACGGUGCUCAUGGGCGGCAUUUUCAUUAG